AUGCAUUUCACCUUUACACCUUCUCCUCAUCUGUCUUGUCCCAGUCACGAUGAAGCAGACUCGCCGACUGAACCUCGUUUUGAGAGGAGAGUGUUUCCUUGCAAAGUGAACGAUCUAUACAAGGCCAUAGCUAAAGGACAAGUUGAUGAAAUGAAAAGCUAUUUAUCAUCGACGGAGAACAAAGCGGAUAUCUUGGAUCAGAAUGGUGAUACUGCUCUCCACCACGCGGCAAGAAUGAACCGAGUUGAAGUCAUCGAUUUCCUGAUAAAAGCUGGAGCCAGUGUCGAUGUUUAUAGCAGGGAUGGACUUACUCCAUUGCAUGAAGCUGCAAGGUAAAUAUGGACACACCAGUAAUUUUCAAUGGUUUUUAAUAAAUUUAACGCUUUUCCUCUAAUUUCAUAUAUAAUGGAGAAAGUUUCUCAAAAAUAAGCUUAGCACCAACGGUAUUUAUGUUGAGUUAUUGCGAAAAAGUCCGCCAAAUUUAACUUGGACAACAUUCUUCGUGUUAGAAGAAUGCAAUUGUUGCAACUUUAUCCAUAAAAAAAUGAUGAUUUAAAUUGACUUCACAUUCCAAUUUGAUUUGAAUUCAUCUUAAAUCUAGUUCUUGUUACAAUCAUCGGCAUUUUGAAUAGAGAAUAAUACAUGGGCGCGCCCAGAUAUGGUAUUUCUCUUCUUAGUCAACUCGCAAGCUCGCGAUUGAGCGCAGCAAACGAGUGAGAUGUCGCCGGUUGAACACGAGAAGAUAAAUGCCAUAUCUACAAGCAAACAUGUAUUAUUUUGUUUAUUAUAUAAACACAAUAGCCCUUUACUUACAAGAAAAAUCGACUUAAUUGAUGAAUGAAAAUAAAAGGAUCGACAAUCCCCGAAUAAAAUCGUAGAGUGCGUGGGCGCCAAGGCUCAAGAACAACAAUAGGUGUAAUUAUCAUUAAUUCUCAGUUACUGACUUUGUCCUUACCGACAGAAGAAAUUUUUCAGGUACACAGCAAAAUUCGGCCUGUGUCAAAUCUUCCAGUUGUAGGUUUUUGUUCUCAGCCGCAAGAAAUGCCAGCACCAAAGCCACUGAAUACAUAUCUUUCGGUUUUCCUUUUCGUAAUUUGGUUUCCUUCCUCUUCUAGGAAAGUUUGAACGUCACUGUCUUUAAGCGAUAUGAAUUUUCAGUGUUUUAGCAGCCAUAAGAGAAAAUUCGGACAAACGAUUAUGGAUUGAAAAUGGUGAAGACUUUGCCGUUCAUUUAUCAUCGUGACUGAGUAGAGCAAAAGGCGAGUGACGUCAGUCAGCAGCUGAUUUCCGAUAUCAAACACACAUGAAAAAUUAUCGUAUUUGUUCACUUGUGUCGUUACUGCUUUUCUCAGGGCUGGAAAUUCUUGUUUAACACCACAGUUUAUAUGAUAAAUUUCGUCAUAACACUGAACUCUCGCACAGAUAUAGAACUUUCUGUGAACCGCGAUAUAAAGUUUUUGCGUCAGCCAUUUCGUUUUUUAUCAUUGUUAUCUUGCUAAAAGAUUUUAGCUGUAUGCAAAGAGAGGGAGACAUCCUUUUCAUUCGAUUUGAUUCUACCGAAGGUAAAAAUGCAUAUCAUUGCCGGCUCAGUAAUACCCAGCGGUGGGCCUAUGUUCGCUCCGUCGGAACACUGUUUCAAAAUACGUCAGUAACCAAAUGGAAUAGAAUACCAAGCAAGUCGAUCAUUACCGAUAACAACUUUUUGGAGAAAAAACCAGAUGGCUAUGUGAAAACUGCAGAAGACGAAUCCAACUCAGAAUUCGGAGAAACAAAAACCGAUUGAAUUAUGGAGUAGAGAAUUUGAACCUUGAAUCUUCGAAUGUCAAAUUUUGUAUUCUAAACCAUUAGCUAUGCCCGGAUAUUUUCCGAUAAAAACCUAUUAGAAAAUAUCUGCAAUAUUUCCGAUGGCUCUUUUUUUUUAUUUGCCGUAUCCUCAUCAUUUUUUUAAGGGCAAGUCCUAAUCUACAGUAGGAUUUUGAUGUCUGCGAUGUUUCUAACAGGUAUAAUUCAUUGGAAGCCUUUGACAAUUUGUUGAAAAAAGGAGCCAAACCAAACAAUGAAUCUACAAAUAGAGGUUAUUCUCCUCUUCACUUUGCUACCCAAUACGGUAAUAGAGAGAUCAUCAAACGACUGCUCUAUGUAAAAACUUUGAAAAUUAACGCAACUAACCGGGACGGAUUGGCUGCUCUUCAUUUGGCCAUUAAUCAUGGAUACGAGGACAUCUGUAGCGAUCUCAUUGCCAAAGGGGCCAGUAUCUACAUAAUUACGAGAGACGGGCAGACGUGUCUUCAUUUAGCAGCAGAUGUUGGCAUCGUGAGUAUUCUUUCUGUGGUCAUUCAAACUGGUAAGUAUGAAAGGUUCGUUCAUCCAUCAGCAGAAAUAUCACUGAUUUCUCGCACGGACGGACUGUAUCGGUUGGUCAAACUGCUUUUAUGAGAAGAUGAUACAUCAACGUAGAUCGCACGAAAAUAGAUUGACACAGCACAGAAUGAUCGACCAGCCGUCUUGAAUGAGAUUUUACUAAUAGUUAUUAUGUAGAUGGUUUGUAACCAGGAGUAACAGUCGAGAAAUUGUCUGGGAGGGGUCAUUCCUGAAAAGGGAUUACUGUUGAUGACAGUGGCUUACGUCUGGACGAUCUGAGCUACCUUCAUCUGGACGAUCGCGAUGCACACACAAAAAGCCCUGCCACUGACGGACUGUCUUAUCGAUUGAUUGACUGACUGUGCGCUAGCUGGUCGGCUGGCUGGCUGACUGACUUAAUGACUGAACGACCGACUGACUGACUGUCUCGCCAAUCAAUUGUCUGUCUCCCAUGGUGACUAAAUCAAAUGACGAUGGUAUUUAAUUCAUCUUAUUUUAACAAAACGCUCCAAAGCUUCAAAAUUAUAUAAAGCUUAUAAUAGGGUUUGAUGCUUUCAGCUCUCACGAACAUCUGCCAGUACCCUGUAGAUGCUAUGUGGUCUGGCAAGGACUUCCCAGAAUUUGAUCAGUUGGUCAAUAGAAAAGACAAAGACCAUAACUCUGCUCUUCACCUAGCUGUUCAGACAGGUCACUUAUCUGCAUGUCGAAUACUUUUGCAACAUAAUGCAAAUGUCAACUUACAAAACAAGCAUCAACAAACGCCUUUGCACGUGGCUUCUAUGGGUAAAAACAAAGAUAUCUUGGAAUUACUUAUCAAACAAGGAGCUCAAACGGAUCAAAAAGACUACAAACAAAGAACUCCUCUACACAGGUAAGAAUGCAACAGAACACCUAUUUACCUUUUGCCCUCAGACCUCUUGGAUUUGUACUAGGUGAACAACACCUGAACCUUAACACUGGUUUGCAAAGAAGUUGUUUUCGGCAUCCAAGGAAAGAUUUUCGAAAAAUUCUGCUUAAUUUACAUCAACCACCUUUCUUAGUAUUUGUUUGCUAACCAAUUUUGUUCCAUGUUAUGGAUAUAGGCAAAAUAAAGCUCUCAGUUUGUUCUUUGGGUGGGAAGAAUGAUACCUUUUGAAAUUUGGCGGAUUAUUCCGGUAGCUUCCCUGAAAAUCAAAGAGACUUAUGGAAAGCACAAACAAAAUGAUUCAAAUGGCUAAAAAAUAUUUUAUUCAUUAAAACUGUGUUUGUCUAAACUUACUUUUUAACACUAAGCUAAGAAAUUAUUUAUUACAAUAUUAGGACUAAAUGCUUACAUCGUUUCUUUCUGAACCAUUUUGUCUUUUUCUGUUGUUGCUCAUGUGGAUUUAGUGCGGCAUCAAUCGGAAACCCAGAAUGUAUCAAAGUCCUUCUCAACAACUGCUUUACUCCAGAUCCCAAAGAUUUAGAGGGUAUGACGCCUCUCUUAUGUGCUGUAGCAGCUGGUCACACAAAUUGUGCCAAGCUGCUCUUUGAGUACGGUGCGAAUAUCGCAGCUAGUGAUAAGAAUCAGCGUGGAAGCAUUCAUCUCGCUGUAGAAAAUGAAAAAGCAGAAAUGUUGAAAAUGCUACUGGAAAGAUCGGGAUCACAAUGUAUAAAUAUUUCGGACAUACAGGAAAGGACAGCUCUUCACUACGCCGCUUCCUCUACAAAGUUAAAGGUACAGGCAAUACUAAAAUUUGACUUUCGUCCUUAUUUGUUGAGCUUAAAGUGGGUUUGGUCAGACAGUUGACUUGAACAAAAUCAUCAUAUCCUUUAUUUGCAGCUUCUGGAGAUUUUGUUAGAAAAGAAAGCGAACUGCUUACUCAAGGAUCGUGCUGGCAUAAUUCCACUACAUACUGCAGCAAAGUUUGGAAAGGACCGCCAUGUUGAAGCUUUAGCCAAAGCCUCUUUUGCCUGUGUUGAUCAAAAAGAUUCAGAAGGAAGAACGCCUCUUCAUUUUGCAGCAUUGAAUGGAAAAGGGUGAGGCUUAGUCAGGUCCUGAACGUAUCCCCAGUACCGGUACAUAUCAUAGUUUGGUACAUGUAAAUCCUUUAGACGAGUGGAGAUCAUAAUAAGCCUUAAUUUGAUAGAGUUUUGUGCCUUUUUCGCGAACUUCGCAUAAUACAUUUUGAGAGUAAUUUAUACGUAAACCAAGUUUAAUACAGUUCCUGUGUUGUUACGAAGGAGAAAUAGCCGUUUAGCCGCAUUGUUUUGCAAUUAAGGUGUCCAUUUUUGCAGGAAAACAUGUUCAAUCCUUCUCCAAAUGGGAGCUGAAGUUGACGUUUCAGACGCUUAUGGCUGGACACCUUUAAUGUUUGCAGCCAAAACGGGUGCCUCUGAUUUAAUUCGAAUGUUUCUUGAGCUGGAUGCUGAUAUAAAUCAAGAAGACAAAAGUGGUAACACUGCGCUUCUGCUUGCUUCUGCCAGUGGUCACGUAGCCGCCGUGAGGAUUCUUUUGAACAAUCGGGCGAUCUUGAAACCAAACAUAAGCGGUCUUAACUGCCUCGAGGUGGCCAUAGAGAAUCAACAAGGAGAUGUUGUCAUGGAAAUGAUUAAGAAUGCAAGGUAAAUUUUUGAUUUAGAGGUCUAGGGUUAAAAUUCAUAUCGACCUAAAAGCAUUCUCUAGUUAGAUUAUGAUUAAUGAAGAAACUUGAAUCGGAAAGAGAAAGCCUUCGAUUUUUUUCUAAAGAAAUUGUUUUCACUCAAUACCAGAUGGAGAGAGGUCCUAUCAGCCAAUAGCCCAGAUGGUCAAAAUAGGAUGGGAAAACUCAUUCAGCGGUUCCCUGAUGCUGCUAAAUUGAUCAUGGAUCGAUGCGUCCAGCGGUCUCUCAGCCAACGAUUCAUCAGGUAUGAUUUCAGCCUUUUGGAUCCAGGUCCUGAUGAUACAAGCGGACCAAAUGGGGAGCGUUUCUUUGGUCUAAAGGUCAUGGUGGAACACAAAGAAAAGGAACUCCUGGUACAUGAGCUUUGCAGAAAACUUCUCAAGAUAAAGUGGCGCAGAUAUGGAUGGUUUGUUUAUUGGACAAACCUUAUCUUGUUUUUCUUGUACCUCUUCUCCUUGACGUACUUCAUGGUGACAAAGCGUAAAGCGGUGAUCCUAAAGCGGAAACAUGAUAAAGAUGAUCCCGACGACGAUGACAUGUUCACGAACAAGGAGGCAUUGAAUCAAGUUAUUCCUUUCCUCGUACUGGUAUUUGCGUCAUUUCAUUUGGCCAAAGAACUCUAUCAGAUUGUCCUUCAACGAAUGGAAUAUUUCCAACAACUGACCAACUUGGUGGAAUGGGUGCUUUAUAUAGCAAGCAUAGUUUUUAUUCUGCCAUACGUCUCGUCCAGCUUUUCAAGUCUUCAAGGAAACCCUAGGAUAACCUGGCAGAUAGGGACAGUCGCUGUGUUCUUGGGCUACAUGAACCUGAUAUUGUUUGUUCAGACUUUGGACUAUGUCGGCAUCUACGUGACAAUGUUUUUUCGAGUGGCUAUCACGGUGCUCAAAGCCAUCAGUCUUUUCUUCCUGUUCACCUUGGCUUUUUCGGUGGUUUUCUACAUAUUGUUCAGGGAGCAAGUACGUAUCUUGAGCUCUCUUUCCUAGGUCCUCUGUAUUCUGAAUGAUUUCUCCUGCGGAACAAAGAUAUUCGCUUGCGAUGCUGUAGACAAUGCCAAAAAUACAGUUUUAUCUUUGUCCCUCUGAUUAACUAUGUACAUAUUUCAUCGUAAUUCUCGUAUCGACCAUUUAAUCAGCCGGACAAGGCUUGCGACAAAUGUACAAAUUGUGUGGGUCUAAAAAAAAGCCCGGGUAGGGCGUGAUAUUUUUGUUUUGUUUUUUGUUUUUUUGUUUUGAUUACACUUCUUGACUGAUUUUGAAGAGAUUUCUUCGUUUUAGAAUGCCUUUGACACAUUUUUCGUGACGCUGGUGAAAGUGAUAGUCAUGACCAUCGGUGAAUUGGAUUAUACCACUUUGUUAGUGGACAACUUGGAGGCCACCAAUCCAGAGACCAAAGCACCUCUCGUGCCUUAUCGUGAAUCAUCCUUCGUAUUUCUCUGCCUCUUCAUCUUUGCCAUGCCCAUUAUCCUUAUGAAUCUUUUGGUAAGUAAUUGUGACGACUAACUUGUAAGUGGCAAGACACACUGAACGUCAUUCAAGCGGCUGUCGGACUAACCCUCCUUUCUCUUUCUUGGGGAAAAUGUACGUAAAAAUUAGUUUUACGACUGCUUGAAAGUGAAACUCUGAAGGAAUCUAUAGUUUCAAAUCACUGAAAUAGCACCUGAACGUGUAUAAAGCUUAAAACGUUUACGUGGGAGGAUGUGCCUGGACCCACCUUAAUGGUAUGAACCCGCAGGUAUUAUGGUACAACUCAUCCAGGGGAAUGUUUGGGCCUCCUAAGUCCAUAAUUCGCUCCAAAAGCCUAUACGAUAGGUAAAUAACCGCCGUUAACUUCCAUCCACCGCGUUUAAAGGAUCUUUUAAGUCAUCCACGUGCUUCGUACGCGUGGAGGUGCUUGGUAAAAUGUUGGUCCUUUCAUGGUCGUGAAAAAAUGAUGUCAGGCUUAAGUAUCGAUUCCAAAAUACCUUUUACUGACUGUACUGCUCUCUUUGGCGUGAACUCGCGAGAAUUUUUACUCUUUCAGUUACUACCUUUUUUGUUCUUUUUCUCAGGUCGGUUUAGCUGUGGGAGACAUAGAAUCUGUGCAAAAGUAUGCGUUUCUGAGAAACAAGGGAAAAUUCGUAGACUUCGUGGUUGGAGUUGAAAGAAAUUUACCAAAAUUUGUUACUCGGCGUUUACACAAGCCUGAGUUGGUCGUAACUGGACGAUACGUGGACAGAAAAAUUUCGUUAGGGUGAGUUUCUAGUUAUUGGGGAGCAGAUAAAGUAUUUUGACUUUGACUUUUGCUCAGGCUUUUCGAACGAAAGGCUCAUUCACCGUCAACCGUACUCGGAAGAACAGCUUUCGGCAAGACAACCACUAUACACGAUCAACUGCUACUCUUGAGUUCGAGCCAGAAACUUUUCCGUCGGAUAAAACUAAAAUUCCUUAAGAUUUUUCUCUCACGAAUAAAACUUACUUAACUUGUUGGUAGUGAUGUGGGACGAAGCUGGCCCUCUCCCAUUUUCAAAGUUUAUUGAAAAUUACCAUGUUUUUCCAUAAAGAGAACAGGUGACCAAAAAACAAACAUGUAAAGCAUUUCGAGACUACUCCUUUUGGUGGCCUUGCCUACGCGCGCUAAACCUAAUGCAGUGUAUGCUUUCAUGAUAUUUUUUGUUCUACACUUCUCUUUUAAAAAGCGCAAAUGAAAUUGGAUUUCAAUGUUUUAGCUUUAUGACCUCGUAAUAACAGAGAAGUAGUUCUUCAUAUUGCUAGCAACUAUUUCCAAAAAACUUUUCCAGUCAUUAGAUCAGAGACUUCCAGGUAAACUGUUUCAGAACGUGAUUCACUUUUUAAAUAAAUUUGACGUCCUAUUACUUCAUUGUUAGGAAAUAUUCCUUUGAAGACGAAGACCUCAGUAAUGAAGAACGAACAGCCGAGAACGAGGACGAACAGAGACUGGAAGCUCUUGCUAAGGAAUUGAUGAGGGCUAAGAGACGGCAACUGUCAAUCAUUGACGCCAUACAGGAUCAGAGAAGCGUUUUAUCAGCUCUAGCUGUUAAAAUUGGCCUAGAUACCUGUGAGGAAGCUUAAAGAUUCUUUCUUACUUAGUACAGGUUGACCACGAAGUUGAUCUAAGUCAUGUUCCUGCAGUAAAACCCUGAAUUAAGGCCUCCCUUCUUGUAAGUUUCUUUAAAAAAAAAAAGAGCCCUUCAUUUUGGCUAAAACUCGAAAUAAAAGCUUAACUUCCUCGAAGUAGAAAGCGCCUGAGUAAUAAGACAAAUGGGAUCGAAGCUUUGCAUCAAUUAAAACCAUCUGGGUCAAAUUUCAUGCGAUAUUUUGGUCGGAUACAUACAUACCGCUCAAGUUAAUGAUAUUGGCAUUUAACUCAACAAACGAUUGUUUAAAGCGAAUUUGACAAUUCGUUCCAUGCAAGGAGCGUGGGAAAUUUUUGUAUAUCAUAUGUGCUUGACACUAGUGUGAAAUGAAUUGAUUAAAAGAAGCAGUCAUCACAGGAAACGUUUGCACCAAAAAACUUAAUUUUUCAUGAACUGACAUGAUAAAUUUCAAAUAACUUGUCGAGGAAAUGUCAAUUCCCACGGAAAUCCUAUGAAAACAAACGCUCCGCGACGGUUUGGACCAGACCGGCCAAUAACAAAUGGCUUCUUAUUUUUGACUCUACAACAUUUUUUUGUUAGCGCCGUAUGAUCGCGAAGGCUUGCCUGGCCACUUAGUCUUUCGUGAUUUUUGUGAGUCCGGUUAAAGAUUAAUGAUCAUGUCCUCUAUUCUCGUCACGUUCCUGAUAGCGGCCAGAGGCUACCAGGCAAGGGCGUGAAACGAACGUUUCCCUCGACAAUUGUCUUUCUCACUCUCUCUACUCUCCACUCCCCUCCCCUCUGAUGCCUCUGAUGACGCGGCAACCGGUUUUCUUUCACUUUUGUUGUUUCGUGAUAAGCAUUGAUGGAAAAAUUCGUCAAGCGUUGAGAUCUUAACAAGUCUUGACCAAAAAACCGACAUGCCUUUACGUUUGAGGGGAAUACACUUAGUGCUGUAUCUCUGUUAAAUUGUACGUCCCCCCCCCCCCUCCUUUCAGCAAUGGUUCCAUUCUUUACAGCAUCUUAAACGAGCGUCUGGGAUGCAUACUGUAACUUAACAGCGGUAUCUUUCAAUCCAUACAUGUAUAAUUGCAUCUUGGCAAAAAAAAAAAAUGCAUAUACAGUUUCAAAUGACUGAUUUCGGAAGUUUCCAUGGAAAUUAUGAAGGUUGUACCAUAUGAAACAUUUUGCUGAAGGGAGGCAUGCAUGUCUAAUCGACGUAACUGACCGACGAUAACCACAUACACAGAGGGUACGUGACAGCUGUUUCACAGCUAGUCGUACAUCGAAAUGAGUUGAAUAUAAUUGAUUGAGCCGCAACCGAACCCAUAAUUGAAAGAAUCAAACGCCUAAUGCCACUCGCGGUUUUAAAGAUCCUCAAUAGUCAAUUUGUUAUUUAACUCCCAAAUAAUGAUGGAAAUGAAGCAGUUAUCACGCGAUUUCCUGAGCUGAAAUAUAAACUACGUCAGUUGACCUUGCGGGUCUUCUUGGUCGAUCGCACUUCGUUUGCCUCAGGACCUCUCACAGGAGCUUAUUGAGGACGUGUCCGCGCCUUCCUAAAUCACACAGUGGUAAAUUCAAGUACGCAGUGGUUUGCGUGAUAAAUUGAAAAAUAUAAACAAAACAUAUUCCGUCUUUGUUUUUGCAUCCUUAGAUACAAUUGUUGUAACAAAUUAUGUUUGACCAUUGAAGCGUACCGCGCAGCCUGAAAAACGUAAGACGUAUUUACUUGCAUGCUUAAAUCACCGCUACAUGUACAUCUCUUAACAGCUGGAGAGGAACACGUAAACCGUUGGGCUUUUGUUCACUAUGGCAGAUGGAGAUAUGAGUGAUACAGAUUCCCACACAAAUUCUAGAGUAAAUCUUGGCGAAUAUCGAAGUCUUAUUACGCGAUUUCGACGUAGCCCGAUGGUUCAACAGAAGACACCUCACUCGGGAGGACGACUUCAACUUCACGAUGAAUCCGUUCGCAUGGGGAUGAAAAUGGUGCCCUUGCAAGAUCGUAACGUCGCGUUUCAUCGCGCUGUUGCUCAUGGAAAUUCGGAAUACGUGAGAAAGAUUUUGUCCGAGAAGAAGUACGAUGUGAAUGCCUUCGAUGAAUAUGGAUUCACAGCGCUCCAUUACGCCGCCCAGCACAAUAAAGUAUUCAUCCUCAACAUGCUUCUGGAUUUUGGCGCUGAAGCCUCUGUGACAGGUGUGGAUGGCUCGACUGCCCUACAUCUUGCCGCGAGGUGAGUCACGUACGCAGUGAACUUUAAACUAAACAAAACUUUUUUUUUUUUACCAAGGUCUGCCAUAUCAAGCCUUCUUCGCGAGAGUAGCCACUAAUUGGACUUUUGUGCCUUUCGCUCUAAUUUAUGUUUGAUUACGAGUGAAGGUGAACAUAAAUCACUUAGUCUUAGAAUCAGUGAGAUCUCUUGAGGUUAGAUUUUUAUAACCCUGAUCCUUCACACGCACCAGAAGACACAUAUUUGGGACUAGAGUUGACAUCUUGUAAAACUGCAACUGAGCUAAUAUAGUACGUCUUUCUGUUACUUUUUACCAACUCCAGGACAUUUUAUGCAAGCAAAAUCAUUCAGAAGCCUUUAAUUCUUGUCACCUCCUCGGAUAAAUAAGGUUUUCUUUUUUUGCUUCCUAGCUAAUGAAAAGAAUUAUUUAUUCUUUAGUGGCAAAAUUUGAUCUCAAAUACGAUUUGACUCUUCACAAAAUAUCAACAGCUGCAGACCAUAAACACAAGCGCUUUAAUUGUUAACACUUCGAGGAAAAACAAUAAUCAAAAAAAAAAAAAUUGUUUCGAUAUCGAUCGCCGUUCUUUUAAUGUAAUGUAGAGUAGAUUUUACUUAUCCUACAUCCAGAACUUUGAAUAAUGAUUCCGUGUUGUUUAUGAAUAAAUUAGACGAAAGAAUCCAGCUGGGGUCACGGAAAGCUAAUCUUGACCAGAGCGCCUCAAUAUAUCUGAUUGCUCUGAAUUUUUAAAACUUUUUAUCAAUUGAUUUAAAAUGUUGAAUCAUCAAAAGCCGAAACAGAGUUUGAGUUGACAUAAUUUUCAAACAGAAAUAACAAAGUAUUAAAGAGCCACUAGUCUUUUUGAAAAAUAUUGAACCAGGAAUAAUGAACUCUGGAACAGAGGAAUGCAGUAGUGUUCCCCAAGAGUCGACGAGGCGCUAGUUUCUAACAGACGCACAAAAUUUUGGAUUGAAAAGGGCUACAUCGUUUAGGUAGGAGAGAGAGAGAGAGAGAGAGAGAGAGAGAGAGAGAGAGUGAAAGAGAGAGUUUGUGUGUGUUUAUCUUUCUUUUCAAGUUUAAAAGGUCAGGUGUAUUCGUUGGUAUACUCCAUCCGCAGGUAGACAAUGAUAGUCAAUUCCGUGUUCUAGUUAACAAAUUGACAGCAGACAGCAUUUCAUUUACAGGUUCAAUUCUCUAGAUGCCGUCCUCUCUCUUCUCGGAGCAGGAGCUAAGGUUAGCUCGAAAAACAGCCUCACGGGUUCAACUCCCUUACAUGAAGCCGCAGCAUUUGGAAACAAAGACAUUGUCGAGCAUCUUUUGAAGAAUGCAAAGGCUGACGUGAAUGCUUCAGAUUUCAAAUCUGUCUCGCCACUUAUGCACGCUAGUGGCUUAGGUUAUGGUGUUAUCUGCUUAAUUCUGCUGCAGUAUGGAGCUCAAGUUGAUUUUUCUUCGGCAGAAGGGAUGACAGCACUUCAUUUUGCCGCCACCAAUGGAGAUUCCUAUGUCACGCAACAGAUUGUCGAAGCAGGUAGACUGAUCACCAUAAGAUUUCAUUUUAAUAGAAUGGUUAUUAUUUAUUGCUGAGGCGGGGAGGAAGGGUGUCAAAGUAUUUUGGUAAUGUCACGAUAAACGUUACCAGAUCCCCCUUAGGGCUCUAUAAUAUUCCUAGGUUCCCCCUUCCCCCCCCCCACCCUCCCCCUUGGCAGUUUAUUAGCAGUCAAUUGACUUUCGUCCCCCUUUUAUACUAUGUUGGCGACGACUGUUUCCCCUUUAGUUCUCCCUGAAAUCAUGUGAACAAAAUCCUCUCCCAACCUUUCCCCCGCUUAGUCGUUUAAUACUAACUGUUCCUUGAACUUUCCUGAGAGAAAUUCUGAUCUCAGAAUACUUGGCACAUACAUGUUGAGUUAUCGGAAACGUAUCUCAAGAUUUUCUAUCUUUUGUUAAGGUUUCGGUAAAGCAGCUUUUCCACACCUUCACCGAAGAUGAUUGCUUUACCUCUGGAAAAAAAUUCAGCCCGCCGUCUUUAAGCCACUCUUAUUAGACGUUCAAAAUGCGUCAAAAACUUGCAAUGUGAAUAUAAUUCAUGACUUCUAAAAGUUAAUUUUGAUCUUUUUAUCCAAAUAAUACAGCAAUUCGCCAUUAUUUCAAAAAAGAACCAUCCACUGUUGCAAAACCAGAAAUGAACGCUGACUUCAAACAGUUCAUAAACAAAUGUGACUUGGAUGGUAGCACGGCACUUCAUCUAGCGGUACAAACAGGUUCCAAGGACGUGUCCCAGGUGCUCAUUCAGUAUGGGGCUGAUUUGAAUUGUCAAAAUAAGAGCCUCCAGACACCAGUGUACCUGGCAGCAGUUGGAGGACACCAAGAUGUCUUGAAAAUGCUCAUUUUGCAAGGUGGCGAUAUGAAUGCAAGUGACAGCCAACAAAGAACUGCCCUACACAGGUACCUACUGAAUAACCCCCACGUAUUCUCACAAGGUUUCAUACAACUUAAUCCAAAAUCAAGUGAAGCUGAUCUCUUCCAUCUACAAACAAGGAAAGAUUCUGAAAAUUACAAGCCAACGAUGAGACGCUACUCGAAAAACACCAAAAAUUUAAUUAGAUUAAAAAAAUAUGAGUAAGAUGAGAAAGCUAUUACUCCGAUCAGUUGACCCGAAGGGGUGUCGUUAAACUUAAAAAAAAAGGGUUAAGCAAAAUAUGCACGUCCACUUUAUUCUGGUGCUCACAAACCCCCAGGUGCUAUGCUUGCCUUAAUUUAACAUUUCUGAAAUAUUCCUUCCAGUGCUGCCGCCUUGGGAUCUACAAAAUGCAUUGAGAUUCUCCAUGAAAAUGGUGCCAAAAUUGACACCAAGGACCAGAGUGGUCAAACGCCUUUUCUCUUGGCGGUAGCCGCUGGACAGACUGAUUGCGCAAAGUUAUUUCUAUCAUUUGGCGCCAAAGUGGCAGCUCAAGACAAGCGCCUACGUUGUUGCCUCCACCUUGCUGUGGAACAGGGAAGAGAGGAAACGCUCAGUAUGUUACUGAGUGAGACUGGUAACGACUUAGUCAACAUACCUGACCACAAACAGCGGACGUCGCUUCAUUACGCGUCGUGGAUUGACAACCCGAAGGUAUAAACAAAUUACAGGAAGUGUGACCACUGCUACGGGAGAUUACUGACACAGACCUACUUGUUUUAUUACCGGAUAAAAGAGAUGAUUUUAAUUUAAGAUCGUUGUCAUCUUUGCAUGCUUUGUUCCUAAAAACUGUUUAGUAAGAGUUACUGCUCGUUUCCUAUAAUGUGAUCAGUUUUAUUAUAUGAUCCUGGUGACAGAAAAAGCGUGACUUCAUUCAACUGAAUUUAAGCUUCUGUAGAUCCACCUUGUUGUUGUUCUUCUUCUAUUUCGUUUUUUUUUUCCUUCCUCGUCACCAAUGUCAUUGACCACAAUCAUCACAAUCUCCUUUUUCAUGAAAGCCAAGUGCACUUCGAUGAAAGUGUUUAUAUUUCAGUUCUUAACUUUUCUAACAAACGUAACCGCAAUCUUUGGAAAUGUUCACUUUUUUCCGUAGCUUUUGGAGCUGCUACUCGAGACAAAAGCAAAUGGAUGCGUUCGAGACGCAAAGCACAAGACACCACUUCACUUAGCCGCUGACCGAGGCACCUCACGCCAAGUGAAGGUUCUCACCCAAGCUGCGCCAUCUUGUGUAUGGAUGCGAGACGAUCAGCGGCGAACUCCUUUGCACUACGCUGUUAUGAGCAUGAAGAGGUACGUCACUCACGUUUCACUUUUGCUCUAGUUGUUGUUGUUUUUUUCAAUUACAUUGUGGUGAAGGCCCAAUCUAUCGGACGUUAACCUACUUCCUGUAAUAUUAAGCAACUGACGAACCAUCCCCUAUACUGAAUUUAAUGCAAAAUUCCUCGAAUCUUACCCCUUGCCUUUCGAUGAAUGUCCCUGGGAAGCCGGUUCACUAGUGCCCAAACUCUUGAGUAGAGAUAAAAGCUUUAAGAGCGAGUGUUUAACUUGAAAACCCAUUGUAAUUUUUCUGUGCAUGUACGCGGCGCUUAUGACGUCGAUAAACAGCCGCUGUUCCACCAAAACCAGUCGGGAGGAGAGAAGACUGGAUUCGAGAAAAUGAGCAAAUUGGGCCUAAGUAAGCUUUAAACGAAUCGAGAUGGCCAUUUGGUAUCAACAUUACCCAGCUCGUUCCCAGAGUCUCUCUUCUUCCCGCUCCCUAAGAGAGAGGAGAGAUCAUGGUAACGGGACUGCGCCAAUAAAUGAAUAUCUGAUGAAACACAUGAUCCCAUGAUGUCUUGACAGGAAAUCUUGCGCCAUACUUUUGGACAUGGGUGCAGAUAUCAACAGCCCCGAUAUCGUAGGCUGGACUCCCCUAAUGUGGGCUGCAAAGGCAGGAAAUGUCGGUGUCGUAGAGCUCCUUCUCGAGAGGGGCGGGCACGCGGAUCACGUAGACAUUGAUGGAAAUUCAGCCCUCCAUGUGGCAGCACACUUUGGUCAAGUUGAGAUCGUCAGGACACUGUUGAAUUAUGGAGGGAGCUUAAUUUUACAAAACAAACGUGGAAUGACAUGCCUUGAUGUGGCAAUGGAAGCGCAGAGUAAUGAAGUUGUCAUGGUUGUUGUCAAACAUAACAGGUAUUUUACCGCCAGUAUCCCACUCCUAGUUAGCUCCAAUGCCAUUUGAAAUGAGUUAUGCAACAUCUCAUUAGGCAUGUGUGCAUGUGCACCCUUUCAGGCCAGCUAGGCGACCCGUGUGAUGAUAGACUGACUAAAAUUCCAACAGUCCUUCCUUACCGGUGUAAUCCGUCAAGUGAGACAAACAAACCGUCAGAAAAAAAAUAUUUUGAUGCGCGUGAAUUCUUUGACGCGCGCUUCUCCUCUUGGAGUUCGCGGAACGUCGUGGUUUUUAUAAUGACUGAAUGAUUGACUGACAGAGAAUAACUGAUUGACUCAUUGAUCGACUAGCUGACUGAUUGAUUGAUUAGCUGACUGACUGACACGGACAGACCGAUAGACAGGUUGAGGGACUGGUCGACCUGCCGGCUGAUUGAAUGACUGGCUGACCGACUAACUGACUGACUAACUAACAGACUUAUUAGCUUGUGACCGACUUUCUGACUGAGUGAUAGACUUACGGACCGAAUGAUUGCUGGACUGACCGACUGACACUGGCAGACAGAUAAAUAGGUUGAGGGACAGUAUGUCUGUAAGAAGCACAAGUUCCUCACCUAAAAUUUGCGAUGUUUUACAGAUGGCGGGAAGCACUUACAGCCUCAAGUGCCAAAUCCAAUCCUGUGGAAAGGUUGAUAGAACAUUUUCCCGACGCCGCCCACGUUGCCCUGGAUCGCUGUAUUCAGCGAUCUACUUCUGAACGCUCCAUAAAGUAUGACUUCACUCUCAUAGACCCAGGCCCCGAUGAUCACAGUGGAAACAACGACGAACGCUUCCUAGGUUUGGUAACGAUGGUCAGACACAAACAGCAGCUCCUCUUGGUUCAUCCGCUUUCUCGAAAGCUGUUGCUUCUUAAGUGGAGGAGGUUUGGUUGGUUUGUUUACGGAACGAAUGUCGUGCUUUAUUCACUUUUCCUAAUAUUCUUGACAAUUUUUGUUUUAACGGAGAGAGAGAAUGUCAACUUUCCCAGACCAGAAGACGAUGAUGAACUUGAAGAAAAUUUCUUCAUAGAGAAAAGUGAAUUCAACGAAGCGGUGCCCUAUAUCGUCAUCGUAUUCGCAGUUUUGCAUCUUGCGAAGGAGUUUUAUCAGAUCUACACCCAGAGGCUUCGUUACUUUACGGAGUGGACCAAUUUUCUUGAAUGGGCCUUAUACCUGACAGCAUUUUUGUUUGUUUUACCUUACGUUACUGAUGACACCGGUCUGAGACAAAAUUUUGAAAUUUACUGGCAGAUGGGAACGUUUUCCAUUUUCUUUGGUUACGUUAACUUAAUCCUCAUCGUGGAGCCGAUUAAGUUCUUGGGUCUGUACGUGACCAUGUUCCUCGAAGUGAUGAAGACCGUUCUGAAGGUUCUGUUAUUGUUUGUCAUGUUCACUUUGGCCUUCGCAAUGGCGUUCUACAUUCUGUUGAAAGAACAGGUGAGCGGAAAGAGAAGGAGAGAUUUAUCAAAAUGUGUUCUUUGUGUGUAUGGCGAACAGAAUGCACGUGGCGGCCAAUAACUCUCUGUUUAUCGACAUCUAAAUUUCUCUCCCGAUUACAUGUUUACCUUCGCCAUGUUGAUUCGUACUUACACUUGUCUUUCACAGAGCAGAGCCUAGGGCCAUAACUUCUGUUAAUGGCAUCGAGAGCGAGAUGUGAAUUCUCUCCCCUGGCCCCGGUUGGGAGUGUCGGGGAGUUUACUCCAAAAAAAUAUUUUUAUGGAGGAUCUACUUUCAGCCCCCUAGCUUAAUUCCCUCAUCCUUUUUCUGUAGAACAUUCUUAAAGAAGAUAUACCCUUUUCCUGAAGCUUUCCUUAGAAAACAAAAGUAACACCUCACGCGGAAUUCAUUAUAAUUCCCAGAUUUCUACAUUCUGGUAUGAAGAGCCAUCAGUAGGUUUCUGACAGAGGUCAGCUUCGCGAUUUAACUUCGAGAACACUUCAGCCGAUCCACAUGUAAAGAUAGAUCGUUCAUUUUCUCAAAGAAGUCCAUAGAACUAUAGCCCCAAGUUGACGAUGUUUUGUUUUCUUGCAGGAAUCGUUUAGCACGAUAAUGAAGGCCUUCAUGAAAGUUUUUGCCAUGACUUCUGGGGAAAUUGAAUAUACUCAAACCGUCAUUGACGCGUUGAACCGGAAUUCAGCUGGCACAAAAUUUCCGCUCGUUCCUUUUGAAGAUUCUACCUACAUUUUCUACUUCAUGUUUAUCUUGGCGAUGCCGAUAGCUCUUGUUAACCUAUUGGUAAGCAAUUUUUUUUUUUACCAGUAUCAUAGCCCCCACCAAACAAAGAAUCAUUUAACUUUACUUGGACACUGAGAAGUUUCCUUUAAAAAUUAUGAAAGAAAAUCGAGAAUGACGUUGAUUUAUUUUGAAUUCAGUCACCAAGCAAGAAAAAUUGCGAAAUUUUUUUUUAUUCAUUUGUGACUUUUUCAAGGUUAAAAUGACCUUCUUCAAAGAAUCUUAUCACAAAGUACAACCUCAAGAACUUCAGCUGAGGGAAGCAAGGCGCGAAAAUUAGUCGUGAAGUAAAACAAGAAACUUGCCAUUUUACAGGGCGCAUGUAUGAGAAAUGGCCUCUCUCAGCUCAUGUUUUCUCGUUGCAACUAUUCAAUACUUUACUUCUUAUUUAGUUCCUAUAAAACGAGGAAACCAGACUAGGCCCGCAAUGUGUUACAAAAAAUUAAGAAAAUUGAACAAAGGGAGUAGGUGUCCAAAGAAAUUGUGGUGUUGCUUCUGUGGGAGAGUAUAAAAAGGUUAUUUGGUAUUAUUAACUGAGUUGAUAACGUAAAUAAGUCACAGUUAAAAGUUUAAAAGCUGACGUUUCGAGCGUUCGCCCUUCGUCAUUCGCUCUGAUGAAGGGCUAUAGCUCGAAACGUCAGCUUUUAAACUCUUAACGGUGGCUAAUUAAGGUAAUAAUUUGUACGUGUAUCUUAGAUUGGUUUGGCAGUUGGAGAUAUUGAAGCCAUUCAAAAGACAGCUUUCCUCAGGAACAAGGGGAAACAAAUCACUUUUAUCGCUGAUAUAGAGAAGAAAUUUCCAAAAUUCUUCACCAGACGAAUUUAUAGUGGACAUGAGAUCGUGUAUGCUGGAGAAGAGAAAGGAAAACUUUGGAGGUAAAUGAGAAUUCUCACCUCAUCAAAAUUUCCACCUGAUCCGUUUUCCCUAGCACUGCACGAAGCUAUUCGGCCCAUUGCACGAGAUCUAUAUGAAAGGUUCGCGACCGACCAAAGAUCCCACAGGUUUAAGAUCAUGCGAAAUUCGUCAAGCAUUUUCUUGGUUAAAUCGUGUUUAGGAUUUUGACCAAGGUCUGUUAGCUAGCAUCUAAAAUGCUAGCAGGACACAUGACACGUCACACUAUGUUUUACUCUUUAAUAAGAGAAAUCACAUUAUUUCUUCUGUCUGUAAGUAACUAUAAGACAAGUUGAAAAGGGGCUCAUUUCCACCUUCCCAACUCCACUCCCCCUGGGUUGAUACACGGGAGAUACCCUUCUCGUUUUACGUCUAAACCUAUAUUCAUUCUAACUUCACAUCAGGAGAAGAACAAAGCAGGAAGAAUUUCAGGAUGAAGAUCUUUUAGGAGACAAUGACGGGGAAAUUGACGAGAUGACGUUACGGCUUGACAAUUUGACACGAGAAAUAGAAAAGUCUAAAUUGAGACAGAAGAUUCUCAUUGGUGCCACAGACCAACAGAGAGAUAUCCUACUCGCCGUGGCCGAGCGUGUCGGCGUAGAAGUUAAUUUGCCAUCGCGUAUAAAGAUAGAGUGAAAGCUUGAGCAGGACAUUCGAGAGACAAAAUGAUGAGCUUGAAACUGUUUUUUAAAGCCACAAAAUGUCCAGUAAGGAAACGAUCAUUAUUUUUGGCUGGGGGGAGGAUGGGGAAGGGGGCAGUGGUGUUUGGUUUUAUCACAAUAAAAUUUACUUGAUUUCCUCCCCCCUCCCCUCCUAAGACUCUAUCGUAUUCUAAUGCCCCCUCUUCCCCUCAUUGAGUCAAUUUGCUUUAGUAGUCCCUCGAAACUCUGUUAACGACGACUGAUCUUUCCUCCGUUGACACAAAAUGCCCUUUAAGACGACCAUGGUUUAAAAUGAAUGGCAGCUGAAGGCAGUCGUAGAAGAAUUUCAUUAACGAGUUACGAAAACAUUUCAGUUGUAAGCGUGUACAAAAAGUCUAUCUCUUAUAGACAAAAGAAAAUAAAUAAUACUUGUAAGACAAAACUGUUUAUUAACGAUCUUUAAAUGAUAAAAUACAGAUCUUAUACAAUUUUACCAUUGGUUUCUUAGAUAUCAACAUAAAAAUAUUUGAAUUAUAACGACGCCUUCAUUAUUUAACAAUUAAGUGAAUUAAAAAUUCACAAGAAAGACAGAAGCAAAUACACAGUCACAAACUGAACUUUAAUAUAUUUUACACAGUCUCUGUUAACAGGAAAACUUCAACAGUGGUAUCCUCGCGCACAUAUUUCGCCAAGCUGUUCAACAGAUCUUUGAAAGUACAAAGAUCCAACUGCGAAAAUACGCUUGCAUGAUUAUUAGAAAUUUGCAUUCGCUUGAUAUCCGAUUGUACUUGAUGCACCAUGACAAAAGGUAAACUCUACUGGACGUCGAGAAACAACAAUGAAAAUAAACCCGAGAAACAAAGACAACUAUAACAAUUUUACAAUUAUCUGCAUCAUUUCUGUUUAGUUUACUGUUUCAUAUAUUCACGAUAUCCAACAACAACUCGGGAAUCGAAAUGAUUUGUCUAUAAUGGUUCUAUGGUUCUUUGUUCCCGUCUCUUCCCGCCAAUUUAGUUUACCGCGGUAACCUGAGACUUAUGCUAGUUCCCAGAUGUCCUCGUCCGUUGAUGCUAAUUUUCCUUGGCGGUUUGGCGGUUCGAACUGUACACAAAAAAUCGAGUGCAACUUGCAUCUGAGAAAAUCAAACAGAGGAAUAACAGGAUUGAGCGAUGGAAUGUAGAAAACAUGUCACUUUCAGCAUUUAAUUUGGACAAGUUUUCCUAUCAACGAAAGCCUUCGACAUGUUCUCGGCGCGAUCCCACCGGCAUUUCUAAUCAGCCAUGUGCAACCACAAAUACUAAGUUCACUUUGAAUUCGCAGUCAGCACAUAGCUCGAGUUCUGAAAGGAAAUCAAGGGACUCUCCCUCGAGUUGUGAUAGCAAUCAAGGAAAUAACGAACUUGAAUCAUGUGCAGACGAUCCAAGUUUUACUGCUACAAUUUUUGCUAGCCAAGAAUUUGUUGAUGUGAUGGAUUCUCUAACAAGCGAAACUCGGGUACAGAUUGUCGAAGCUUUAACUUCUUCUUCAAAAGAAAACAUGAAUCCAGGUAGCGACAACAUAAUCAUAGAUCAACCUCUGGUGUUUAAAGUGAUAAUUAUGUUAAACAAUUCUUCGAGCUAAGAUUAUGUAACCGUAUACAAAGCUCAUGAUAUUCAUUGUACAUUCCAUUGUUUUUCAAAUUAAGCUGUGGUCAUUUUUUAUAGGGGUGGGGAUGGUGAGGAGACUUUUACUUUUCUGGAUAUAUUAUGUAGCACAACUCGGACGUUUAAACUUUGAUUUGAACCCUUUAACUCCUAAGAUCAGAUUAUUAAUUCUCCCCUCUAGCUACUAGACAUUUCCUUUUAAAUACAUAACGAGAAUUUGGUGUUAGAUCAAGAUAACUUCUUGAUAAGUUUGAAUAUCCUCAUUACCAUUUUCUAGGUGAUGUGUGGACUUUAUAGGGAGAAGUUAUACAUUAAUCACUUCUGUGAGUUUAGGGAUUAAACAUGUCUCAAAAAAAGUGAUUUUUCUAUGCAACUGCCUGAUUAAAUGGUACCAUUGACUCAUUGAAGUAAUACUCGGACAGGUAUUUUUUUUCUCUUCAAAUGCAGAUUCAAAUACCCCACUUAUUGAUGUCUAAUAGAGCCAGCCAGGCAUCUAGCAGUCUCAGUCUGCAGCGAGAGUAGUUAUAUGUUAACACACAGGUGGCCAAAUGCAAAAUGUGAGCCUUGCAAAAUGUCAGGUGUCACCACUAAGAUCUAAGAUUCAGGAGCAACCUGCAAUACCACUGACCAGCAUUAGCUUUGGUUCAGCCUCAACAAAACUUUAUCUGAUGCAAUCCCCAAAUUUUGGGAGUAUUUGAUGAAUUAGCUUUGAAUUAAGGUAUUAAUUAGUUGAAGUGUUUGUUUGAAAAUUCUAGAGAAGAGGAGUUUUGAAGCAGGGAAUAAAAGAAAAAGACAUUACUUUAUGGAAGAUGAAGAUAAUGAAGAUGACAAUGAAGACAAGAAAAGAUCCCGCAAAUCUGAGGAAUUAGAAGACCUUGACACCAGCCAUAACUCCAGAAAAAACUCUGCUAGGAGAGAUGUGACUAAUGGGAAACAAGGUCAGCAUAUGUAGAUGUACUGGUACAGGUACCUUAACCCUUAACUGCCAUAAGUGACCAAGACAGAAUUUCUCCUUACCAUAUCAAUAUGAUAAGUGAUGAGAAUAAGGAAAAAAAGCAAUUAGAAGAGUUUUUUUUUAGUUGAUCCAAUACCAAAUUCUCCAAGCUCGCAGCAUAAGAAUUACAUAGCAAACAGUAAGGAGAAGUAAAUGAGAUCUUGCAAGUGAAAGGGUUGAAAAGUGUUAUUGUUCAGGGUUUAUUUGAGAAGUUGGCAAAAGAGGGUCAUCUGGCCCCAGUUGUUUGCAGAUCAGGUAAUGCUAUCCACUGGAUAAAUCUCUAUCUGGUAGAUACUAUACUUUUUGCUAUCACCUACCUGCUGGAUAGGGAUUUAUCCAUUGGACAGUGUUAUCUGCCCUCUUUACAACUGGGUCCUGGAGGCCAAAGCAAGUCUCAAACCAAGGUACCCUGCAUUACAAGCCUGAGGUUAUAAACUGUCAACCUUACUUCUUCCUGCACUGAGGCUUGCACAGAAACCUGGAGACUAGCAUCAAUUACUAAAGCCUGACAUAGUUUCUCUAAAAUGCAGCAACAGAGUUUACCCCAUCCAUUUCUCCAGGUUUUGCUUCUAUGUGCAAUUCACCUGUACCAAAUUUAUACUCUUGGUUGUAAAGAGACUUUGAGGGUUUUAUUAUCUUCCCCAGGAACACUUGACACUCUAACCCAAAUCACUGAUUCCACCCCAGCUCCAAUGCAGAGUCAUUUACUCCAACCUUUAGGGCCACCACUUCUCUUUCUAAUAACAUUAGACUUUUCAAAUUGUGCAAGCUUUGUACGAUUUGGGUCUAGUAGCACUGCUUUUUUUAUGGGAUAAUAACAAUCAUUAUCAUUAUCAAUUAUAAUUUAUCUUUUUUCUUUUUAAUUUGACUUCUCAGAAAUUCCUGAAGUUGUUUGUUUAACAGAUGAUGAAGCUGAAGAUAGUGAUGUUGUUCUGACUGGUGAGUUGUGAUUAUCCAAGUUGUUAUUACUCAUGAUGUGUUUUCACAGUUUGUUAUGUUUUCUCAGUGUACUGCAUAAAGCUGAUGAAUUAUCCACAAAAAGUAUCACAAUGAUAACUUAUAAUAAUUCUCUGAUCAAUUCAAAGCUUCAACAUCCCUCCCUCCCCCCCUUUGCACAAGCUACCUGCAUUUGAGCAUUAUCUGUUGCUGGGGGAUGGGGAAUUUGGACCUUGCCUGGGUAGGGCAUUCAAAUGCAAUUGUGGCAAGGAAGGGGGGGGGGGAUUUGAAUGAGCCAACCUAUCAAACUAAUUCUAUUACUGUUUGAAGCUAAAUCACUGAAAUAGCGUCAUUGUUGUUUUAGUUUGUCUGCUUUGUUUGAUGGGGGAAAAUUGUCAUGGAUCUCAAAUUUGACUUAAAACUGUUUGUGAAAAAAUGGGACCAGAGAAGUGAGUCCUGAAAAUAGAAAAUUCAGAUAAUCAAGGUGUGACUGUACCAUUAAUAGUUAUUUUGGCCUUUCAAAUGCUCAGAGGUUCAAGCUAUGUUUGAGAUGUUACAAAUUGAGUCCAAAAGCUUCUUUGAAUAUUUGCAGACUUCAUAGAUAUCAGUCAAAUUGAUGCUGGAGACAACAGUGAGGAUGACAGCUUCAGUGAAGAGGAGACAGUUACUAUUUUAUCCUUUUUCAAUGAUUGUUCUCUUCAAGAACUGACAUCUGUUCCUGGUUUGUCCUCGAAAAAGGCUGAAAAGAUCAUCAAAAUGAGACCAUUUGACUCUUGGAGAGAUCUUGUAAGAAAACAGUUACUGCCACCUAUAUGCCAGUAUAUAUUGGAGAAGAUUUUUAUCUCCAAGGAAAUAAUCGAUUUGCCUAUGUAUGUCAUAUAAAACCCAAGUGCAGAGUGAUGGGUCUUAGGUAUGAUGAUGUCAUUUAAUGAAACCUCACCCCCAAGCCUGACAUCUGUACUAAAAUAUCCAUUAGCCUUUGUUACUUUCUUGUUCUUAUCACAUGGGUAUUCUUUUGAUUUCACUGUUUGGAAUACUUUCUGAUUAAAAUUCAACAGUCUCCACCUGGAAAGCUAGGCUUGGGGAAAAAUGCAUAUUUUGAUGUAAACAGGCAUAAGACAUAUUGUGUAUGGAAAUGAUGUCCAACUGAAAAUCAUUGUUUUGUUUCGUUUUCUUAAAGACUUUUGGAAAUUGAUAUGCUGGAAAAUAAGAUAACAUUUUUAUGACACCUUUCUUUCCUAUGUUAUUUUCUUAAUUGUGAUUUUUACCAUAGGUUUCCAAACUGGACUCUGCAAAGAACUUAUCUUCAGAGGUGAUUUUUCUUAUUUUGAUUUUAAGUAUUCUGAAUACCUUCAAAGUCAGAGUAUAUUUCCACAUAGAGAUACAGAGUACACAACACAAUGCGGACAUUGCAUUGGUUCAGUGUUGAUCAAUAUCUGGGUCAUGUUGUAAAAAACAUACACGACAGAAAUAUUUCUGAUAAGUUCUUGUGUUGUGGAAAAUGCACUAAUCAGACACCAGAAGUCCUAACUUUAGGCAGUAACCUUAUUUUGAUUGGGGUUUUGUGCUUUUCUUACAUGUCUUGAUCUCAUGCUAUAUGUUGUAACAUAAAAACAGUAUGGAGUCUCACAUAUUUCAGGUGUUCAUGGUAUUCUGAGUUUGACAGUGAUUGUUAAUUGGUCUUUUAGUUGAUAGACAACUGUCAAAGCCUGCUUGAAGAGCGUAAAGCUGUUGAGAAGUUGAUGAACAAAUGCGAGAGCAUCUCCAACAAAAUUCAAGACAUGCUUAACUCAAGAUUAAGUGUAAGUUGUGCAUAUUUGAGUUACCUGUAGAUGACCCCUAAGAGUGACUUAGCAUCUAAUUUCUCCUUACAAUAUCACCCCUGAAUCACUUGUUAAGGUCUUGAGAAUAAAGGAAAUGAUCACCAGUUAAAGGGGCGCUUGAUUGUCAAACAAAUUCACCUUGCCAGCACCUUAGGAAAUAUAUAUGGAAAACAGUGUGGAGAUUAUGCACACUGAUGUAAGGAUGUAAAGGGUUAAAUAAAUUUGCAUCAAAAUAUUGAUUUGUAUAAUUUCUGAAAUAACAUUUUAUCUUUAGGCUGGUAAGAGUGAUUCUUCAGAUCGUAAAAGAGGAGCUGUGAUAACAUCACAACCAAAAAUAUUAAAUAGAAGGUAAUAAUAUCCACAUACUGUUAGAUGUUCAUGUAAUAUACUACUGUCGUUUAAUAACCCAACCAUGUGGCCUGAUAACUCUGUUGCAGUGGUUGUUGUUUUUUUCUUUUUUAUGUCAUUGUUUUUUUUUAUUGAUACAAUCAAACCUCACUUAUCCAGACUUGCUUUUCAAGUCCCAUUUUUUGCCCAUUAUUAGAAUUCUUUUUGUAUUAUGGUAAGAAUUAAGGAAAGUUCCUCAUUUGCAUUUGAUUUUGAGUUUCAUCAUGGUUGACCUUACCUUAUAAAACCCUUGGGAGACAUUCUUAAAACCCUUUAGAAAACCCGCAGAAACUUACGGAAAUCCUUCAGAUCGUAAAAGAGGAGCUGUGAUAACAUCACAACCAAAAAUAUUAAAUAGAAGGUAACAAUAUCCACAUACUGUUAGAUGUUCAUGUAAUAUACUACUGUCGUUUAAUAACCAACCAUGUGGCCUGAUAACUUUGAUGCAGUGGUUGUUGUUUUUUUCUUUUUUAUGCCAUUGUUUUUGUUUAGUGAUACAGUCAAACCUCACUUAUCCAGACUUGCUUCUCAAGUCCCAUUUUUUUGUGAAUAUUAAUCAGUCUUAUUUGAGAUCCAUGACAACGUUUUAUGAAAUUUUUAUUUUUGUUAGUCUUCAGCUGAAACCCUACCAGUUGACAAGUCUUAACUGGCUGAUACUGAUGCACGAACAGGGAGUCAAUGGAAUUUUAGCGGAUGAAAUGGUAAAUGUUAUGUUUGCUGCUUAGUAAUAACAUCUGUGUCUGCUUUCAGUUCAUGUGAUUGAUACAUGAGUAUUUACAUGUUUCAGGGUCUCGGCAAGACAGUUCAAGCCAUUGCUUUUCUAGCUUAUUUGUGUGAAUCUGGAGAGAAAGGCCCUCAUUUGAUUAUUGUUCCGGCAUCAACUCUUGGUAACGAACAUCUUACCUUAUAACUAUCUUAUCUUUAUCCCGCACUUGUAACAAUACGAAAAACAUCUUUCUCUAUUUCUUUACCGAGCUCAAAAGUUACCAUCUCUCUUAUUCUAUUUACGACGAUAUCUUAUCGGUUUUUUUUGUUGCCUUUUUUACUCCGUGAGUUUUUUGUGGCAAAGCUACAAUGUGAUUUGCAUUUAAACUAAUUUCAAGUUGAGUGGUUUUGACAAAAGUAGAUCUUUUUUUGGUCUUUUUUUAUGAUCGCAGAUAAUUGGGGCAGAGAAGCCAAGAAAUGGUGCCCAUCAUUAGAAUUCUUUUUGUAUUAUGGUAAGAAUUAAGGAAAGUUCCUCAUUUGCAUUUGAUUUUGAGUUUCAUCGUGGUUGACCUAACCUUAUAAAACCCUUGGGAGACAUUCUUAAAACCCUUUAGAAAACCCGCAGAAACUUUGGAAAUCCUUUGGAAUCCUUCGGAAACUUUCAGGGACAACUUGGAAAACUCUCGGAAACUUUCGAAGAACUUUGGGAAACUCAUCGGAAACUUUCCGACACUUUUUGUGACCCUUCAGAAGCUUUCGAAGACCCUUUGGAACCCUGCGGAAACUUUCACACACCGUAUGGAAACCUUAUUGUAAAACCGUUGUUAUGGGGUUUGCAGCCUCUCUACCUCUACCUCUACAACAAUAGCGCUCGUGUAAUUCACAACAAUUAUUAUUGUAAUGGUCUUGAUUCCAUCAUGAAUUAGGGAGUCAAGCAGAGAGACUUCAGUUGCAAUGCGAGGUGGAUUUAGCAGAACCAAAACCUGAUGUUUUCAUUACGACGUAAGUUUAAAGUAGUGUUCUCUAGAAGUGCCGGUGCGUGGCGUUUUCGCCGCGACUCGCUUCUGAAGUGCCAGCUUCUUUAAUUGGACAAAGGAGUGAAGUAUCUCUCUUGAUCUGAAUUAAUUUUUUAACCUUUGUCCGUUAUUGUCUAUUUGUGCUGGAUACUCAAAAAUAUCUGGACAACUCUGGCUCCGUUUGAUCGAAGGGUGGAUAGCGCUAUCCGCUGGGUAAAUCUCUUUCAGUGAAUAGCACAGAACAUUUUGUUGACUCAUUUCUGUUUAAUAACGAUUUAUCUCUUGGAUAGCGUUAUUUGCACUUUAUUUAACCAAUUGUGCCCUGGUCUUCAGCUAUCUGUCCAAUACCACUGUCAUACAUCGGAAUGAAAUUAAUAUUUUUUUUUUGUUUGGUGUUCUGUAGCUACACAGUCGCAACUUGUACAAAAGACGAUCGUUCCUUUUUAAGAAAACUAAAUUGUAAUUACGUAGUACUGGACGAGGGGCAUAUGUUGAAAAACAUGCAGUCACAGAGAUACCAGGGACUUAUGAAAAUGAAGGUGGGUACGCUGUUACUUUGUGGUAAAGCGCUGCAUCAACCACGUUUGCGGUCAAAGGUUGAACGGUUGAGCUUAUGCACAUCUCUCGAUCCCACGUUUCAGUUCUCCAAGAAAACGAAAAACGAAGAAAGUAACUGAACAUUUCAUCCUGUAGGCUUGGAGUACUUGGCGUAAGAGACCUUUGAAGAGGUUUUUCAUGAAGUACAACCUUGAGAGGCCGUCUGAUGUUUUUAAUUUAGAACCGUGUAAAUUGAAGUUAAAGGUAUAAACCGAUGCCAUGGUUGCGUUCAUGCUUUCAUAGUCUUCACUGACUUUCAUAAACAGAACCUAACAAAUCGAGAGCUGAAAUCACGGGGAGUAAGUGUUGAAAUCACGAAUAGCGGUUAUUUAAUCGAGUUCUUCACGUUUCGCGUGGUCGUGGAUCACGAAGAAGAGCAAGAUCAUAUAUGAUCAAAAUGUACAUAAGAAAAGUAUGUAUGGAUGUACCUUGUAACACUUCCCAUUUUGUUUCUUUUAUUGCAUAGGCCCGUCGUCGGCUUCUUCUAACAGGGACACCACUACAGAACAACUUGUUGGAGCUGAUGUCUCUGCUAAGUUUUGUGAUGCCGAGCAUGUUUGGUGAGAGUGUUCAGGGAAUCAAGAUGCUCUUUUCUAACAGCAAAAUGGUACGAAAACCCUUUGACUCCUAAAAUUGGCCAGCAUCUAAUUUUUCCUCAUAAUAUUACUCUGAAUCACACAUUAAGGUCACAAGAAUGAAGGAAAUGAUCACCAACAAAUGAGGCUCUUGAUUGUUAGCCAAAUUCUCCCUGUGAGCACCUUAGAAAAUGUAUUGAGUGCAGUAUGGGAAAUAUGCAUACUGAUGGUAGGGUGUAAAGGCUUAACUAAAGACGGUGUCAGACCAUUUCGUGCAUCGCGGAAAAAAUUCUAGAACAAUUCUAUACACAAACGGCUUAGCAACUCGACUCACAAUUUUGUUGAGACGCAUGCUCGGGUCAGCUCUUUUCAAUGUGAUCUUUUUCUUUGUUCUAACGAGCCGUUAUAAUUUUUUUGGUUUUUGUGGUGCGGUGCAUAAUCAUAACCGUUACAAUUUCCUUAAAUUUGAUUGGUGCAUUGUGUGGUUGUAAUUGGACAGAUGGCUGUAAUCGAACACCCGUCAUCGAAUAGUUGAAGCAGCCAGUCAUACUAAGUGCACUCAGCUAAAUCCACCAAUUACAGCGUAGAUCACAAUCACCAUAGCAACAACCACUUAUCCUGAAAAAAAAAAUUGAGGACUCCACUCAGUCCCAUUACUAUUAUUAAUCAAAAAGUGUCCCAUCGGGAUCUUAUUUAUUGCCGUCAGUUUUCCAAGUGUAAGUUCUGUUUUUCACAGAAUGAUAAACCAGGGAGCAAUUACGAGAAAGCAACAGUUGCUCAGGCGAAAAGAAUCAUGAAACCGUUUGUACUAAGAAGGCUCAAGAAAGAUGUGAGUAUUCUUGAAAUUGAAAACGCUUCAAAAAUAUACUUUUGUUUUCUUGUUUGUUUGGUUUUUAUAUUGGUUAAAUACGCGUUUAAUCUGAGCCCCGUUUUAUGAUUCAUGUCUCAUUACACUGAUAUGCAGUCUGGCUUUCUGUCUGUCUCUUUUUGAGGCAAAGGUUGUGAGACGAGAAACGAAAGUUUCAGUCUGAGAGGGGAUUGGAACGAGACAGUAAAACCUUGCCUCUUCCCCUUGUUGUCAACACCUCGACUGUGUGUCAAGGACAACACCCUCGUAGAAACGUUUUAGAAAGAACAAAUAGUCGAAGUUAUCGUCGCGCCGGUGGAGGGGGAUGGGGACUAGGGCCUUAAAACUGAGACUUGAAUCAGAUUUUUCUUUGGAUCUACUUCGACCUUUCUGUCCUUCCACUUCUAUUCUCCCCAAUAUCUUGAGUUACAUCGUCAUUCGGAGGAGAAAUUGUGCUCUGAUAACUAAUUGUCCUUCUCAAGGUUCUACAACAGCUUCCUGCCAAACACGAUCUCGUAGUCAAGGUGGACUUGACGGAAGAACAGCGUCAGUUGUACAACGACAACUUUGUGAACUGUUCAAGACAAUUUAGGGACUCAGGUAAGGUUGUAGGUACAUUUUUAAUGGCCUAAAUUUCGUCAGGAGAGAUUUAAACUACAAUACGUCACCGCAGAGCUUCAUAAGUUACAAAUUUAGUCGUUGAAAACGCUCGAGAGUGCUUGAGUCUUGUUGUGAUUGGAUAUCGAAAGCGGAAACUUCACGAAAUUCCAAGUAAAUUGUGUGAAAAUUGAAUCAGUUAUGUGCUGCUUGUCAGUACGACUUGCAAAGAGCAGGCCUUAUGUGUUUUAAAGGGUCGGUAGCGUCAUCAACCUGCACAACUGUUGUACAAAAGAUAUUUGCUAACAUAUAGGCUAUCCUCUGCAAAGUCUUAUCUUCUCCUUUAGGAACAGCCCUGAACAGAAAAACAGUGGACGAACCCGUUUUCGAUUUCUUGUUUAGCUUCUGGGGGCGAAAAGGCUUACAUGACCAUAGCCUUCAACUUUUUUUGCCUGAUCAUAUCCAACCACGUAAUAGCGACUAGGGAACUGUUCAUUGGUAUUAAAGCCCUUGAACUAUUCCUGUUUAACUUUCAUGUGAAUGCUACCAAACUAAACUUGCGAAUAAAUAGUAUCGAGUUACAUAUGAAGCCAUGGCGUUUUAUGAAUAAUGAAGAAAACAUCUACAUGAUUAACCUAACUUGUGUGGUAAACAAAUUUUUUUAGCGCUAAGAGUGAGCAGGAUCUAUUUUCUCCUUUCAAUAUCAACCCUGAAUCAAACAUUAAGGUCAUGAGAACAAAGGAACUGAUCACUAACUAAAGAAGCUCUUGAUUGUUAAACAAAUUCUCCUUGUCAGCAUCUUAAGAAAUAUGUGGAGAACAGUAUGGAGAAAUUGUACACUUAUGUUAAGGUGUAAAGGGUUAAUGUUCUCUUUCUUCUCAUCAGAUGGCGGCUCACAAUACAGCAAUAUUUUGAUGUUACUUCGGAAGGCCGCCAAUCAUCCUCUUCUACUACGUAAUCACUUCAACGAUAGCAUACUACUGAAGAUGGCAAAGAAAUACUGCAAGGUUUAGACUUUUUUUUAAACUUAAAAAACAAUCCGUAAAGUGGUUAAUGACGAUGACGAGGACGCUGUUUGUCGCAUUGACGUUACAGCCCUUUUUUUUGAAGUUGAAAACAAACUUUCAAGAAUCGAAAGAUUUUUCUAGUUUGCUAAAUCAAGUGCUACAUGGAUUGAUACGAUGUUAAUGCUACAGUCUGCGAAAGUGUGCAAUCACUAUUUUAAACCGAUAAGAAAAAUAUCUAAUUAUUUCCCAGGACCCCGUGCACCGCGAUUCUGAGCCGGAUCUGGUUUUCGAGGAUAUGACAGUGAUGUCUGACUUUGAACUACAUUGUCUCUGUCGAGAGGAACAGGUACAAUACAAGAGAACACUUCUCUUGAUAAUUGUUUUACAAAAAGAAAAGGCAAUUGCGUCUUUCUAAUUGUAUCCUUUCAAUGUAUGGCAUGGUACAUGGGCGUUUCUUUGCAGCGUCACAAAAGGUAUUUUGCGAGACCGAUAGAAUGAUGGUGAAGACGAUGAUCUUCUGGAUCAUGUAAUGUGAUCCAAAGAACUUUCACUAUGUAAUUCCCAAUUUUUUUUAUUAAUUUCAGAAAUUCUCCCUUUGUCGGGUGCAAAAAUAAUGCAAAUGAUAAUCGCCAUGGCUCGCGUAAAUCGUGAACUGAAAGAAUUUGGUGUUAUAUCAGGUUAUCGCAUACAGAUGAUGAGUUAGUCUAUGUUGGUCGCCUGAUUGCAGCUUUUUUUUUCUUUUGUAUUUGUUUUGUUAUUUCGAUUUUUGGUUUGUGUAUUUGAUUUGAUUUGUGCUCAACGUUAUAGAGUUUGGCGGAUCAUUGUCUUAAUAAAGAAAUUUUGAUGAAAUCAGGAAAAUUUGAGUACUUAGAUACACUAUUACCCGGAUUAAAGGAAAAGGUUUGUAUUUGUCUGCUAUAUGUAAUUAGUCAAGUAUUCGAAUAUAACGUCGUGCAAACGUAUAUGUGAUCGACUGGAAUUCUAAGUACACGUAUACUCUGUCGGUUUCCACGGUCUCUUUUUAGCUUCUUGGGCACUAACUACUUUCAAGGGCGCGCGAAAUAACGUUAGUGAACUUACACGACCGACAAGCGACAGUAACUGACUUUUGCAAUUUGCGUGUCAGAAUUUUGUGUGAAAAGGAGAUAUUCUUCUAUUUUCCGUUGGGUGUACGAGGAUUGAUGAGCAAAAUCAGAAGUAAAUCGUGUUGUUUACCGUAAGCGCGGCUCAAGAAGGGUCUUUUUUUUGUUUUUUUUCGCUUGCUUUGUGGGAUACACUCCACUUCGCUCCUAGCCCGUCUACCAAGCUGUUUUUAGUGCUCUUUUAUGCGUUAGGGUUGCAUGAACAAGCUGCAAUGCCGCGAGAGAUUUGGGCGAAAAGUGACAGGAAAAGCUCGUAGCUCCGCUGCUUGUAUGGGGUGUCGGUGAAGAAUUACGCAAUUGUUAUAGGUUUAGUUUAAGCAAACCUUGACUUCUUUGGUUCAGUUUUGUUCUUUUGGUGUUUCUAGAAUUGCCGUGUGUUGCUGUUUAGUCAGUUUACCAUGGUGAUGGAUAUCAUCGAGGUCUAUUUGUCGGACAGACGUCAUCGUUACUUGAGACUGGAUGGACAGACGGCUGUAGUAGAUAGGUAAUCUUCUGUCCAGCCUUUAGCUGGUAGCCUCCUUCAAAGCCGUUUUUUUGUUGUUGUUUUUUUUAACCUCAUUGCUUCCUUAGCGGAAGGUUCUUUUGGAGAAAGUGUUCAGGGACAGGCCCAAAGAGCGGCCGCUAAGGAGACUACUGUUGGGGCGAUAAAAAAAAGCUGACGCCAUACCACCUAAAUUGCAAAAGCAGCCUUAAUAGCAGCCGCCUUCUUUUUUUUUUUUUUGUUCUUUUUUCAGAUCUCUUCACUAUGAAUAAUCCCAGUGCCCAAGCAUGUUAUGUUUGCUUCAUUUCUUGAUUUGAAAUCGAUUGCAACGUGUCACACAAUCACUUAAUUUACUGAUUUGACAAGAUCAUGUGACCUACAAUUUUUCCAUUCCUUGCGAGUUUAUCCGAUAGUAAAUCAAUGCACCUGUGUUUUCUUUCUACAGGCAAAACCUAAUUGACAAGUUUAAUGGUGAUCCGGAUAUCUUUGUCUUUCUUCUUUCGACCAAAGCAGGUUUCUCUUUCAUUUCCUGUUCGAAUCUGCGAUGAGCCUAGUGGAAAGUUUUAAGUUUUCAGUAUUGAUUUUCCCUUUCGAGUUAAAAUGAUAUGGCGGCCUGAUAAUAAGCGUGAUUUCGGGUUCAUGAGGUACCCGGGUUGUUGACCUAUGUGUUCCCUAUGUUCCUGGGAAAGACGCUUCACUCUUACACUUCCUCUAUUCCAUUAAAGAACAUGAAUGGUCGGCAGCGUCAGACGUUGAGGUCAUAUCAUGAUCUCUUUUCAGCAAAACUGUUUGGCGAAUUAGGAUGGAGACUACACGAAUGACAGGCAUUCCAUCCAGGAGGAGUUGCAGUUUUCCGCUGUAAACUUCAGUAGUUAUGAACCAAUCGACAGAUCAGAGUUAACUUUCGUUUAUAACAGGCUAUAGACAUAUCCUCUUAAACAAACCGCUUUUCAUAUUUUCGAUCAUAAUGCAAGGUCUUUUCUUCAUCUGUAGGAGGCCUGGGUAUCAAUCUAACGGCAGCAAAUGUUGUGAUCUUGCACGACGUUGACUUUAACCCGUACAAUGACAAACAAGCGGAGGAUCGGUGCCAUCGGGUGGGUCAAACCAGGUACGUUAAGAUAGCAGAUAUAGUAAUUCCUUGGACCCUUCAUUCAUGGGGCGCCCUUUGGACUAUAAAAAGAAGCCCUUCAAUCUGUGUCCCUUUAAUGAAAGUGACGUGCUUAGAAGGUGUGAUACAAAAGUAACAGGUACCUAAUAUCGGUGAGAGUUAAAGUGAUACGCUCUACCGUCGGUCCUCUCGAUCUUUUGGACCGGCCAUUUUUUGUUGCCUGUGGGGGUGGGGCGAGGUGAGGUGAGGUAGAAAAUGUGUUGUGUUACGAUAAAUAAUAAUCUUAUGAUUCUCUUUCCUCCUCCUCCCUACCCCCCCCAUUGGCAUAAAUGGAAGUCAAUUUUCUUUUAGAGUCCUGCCUUUAUACUCUGUUGUCGAUGACUGAUUCCCUUUCGUUCCCCCUGAAAUCAUGUGACCCCCCCAACCCUACCCCUGAAAAAAAAAUCCUUCAUCCCUCUCCUAGCGAUAAAUGAUGACUGGUCUCUAAACACAAUGACAGUAAAUUUUAUAGUGCGUUUUUUUUCUUGUCAUGAAAGUCUAAAAACAAAUUUAAAUAAAAUGGCCAAUUAACUAACGAAGUUUAUGUAAUAUUUAAUCGACGUAAAAUGAACCAAAAAAAUAAGUCACCAUAUUUACACCAACAGCAUAGCUCCAUUUUCUGCAUAAACACACCUACAACCCACAACUCCUACAUUUGCUCCGACGAGGGGCUAACGCUCGAAAUGUCAGCUUUAAAACUCUUUAUGGUGGUCUUUACGAUAUCGACUCUGUUGAUAAUACCCUAAAAUGAACCAAAUGAGUAUUCAUGACGACUUUUGCGCUGCAAAAUUAGUUGGCCAUUAACAUUCCGCUGCCAUGAUUCGUGUGAUUUAUUUUCGACAUUCUCCUCACAGAUCGGUGACAGUGCAUCGGCUGAUUGGUAAAGACACUGUGGAGGAAGCGAUUCUCCACUGUGCGCAGACCAAACUUCGACUAGAACAAGAUAUGGCUUUAGCAGAUAGUGGUGAGUUGGUGAUUUACACCUUCAUUUGUUUGUUUUUCCAUCACUUAUCUCUGACGCUUUCUUACGUACAGUUCCACGUCCUGUCGCUUCGUUUGAUCUUUUCUUAAUACUGUUCUGCAAUCUUUGGCGUUUCCUCUUGGGUCUUGCUUCCUAAAUUUUUUUUUUCUCAUUUUUGUGGCUUGUUUUUAGGUUCGUUUGUUUGUUCAGGGUCAGGAAAUGAAGCAUAAUCCGUAGCCCAUCCCUAUGUCAUUAUCAUAAACGAUUUGAAAAAUAGAUAAGUAAAACAAAACUAUAGAAAUACAAGGAAAAAGAAAAAAAGAUUUGUUAUGGCGAACUGAGAACCUCUGUUUUACAUGUGGACGUCGCAAAUACAAACAGAAGUGAAAUAAACAGAGCUUAAAUUGAAAAAAAACCCAGUUGACGGGAGGGAAACUGGUUGUAUGGUGGAAAUCUUCAUUAUCUUGAUUACUAAUGUACAUGAAAUAAUAUACAGAUUUAGGCAAGCCCAAAAGCAGAGCUUGCAUUUUUUUUUCUCGCACGUCUCUUCAACAAAACUAAAGCCCCUACUAUGGAUAAAGUGCGUGGUAAUAUUAAUGGAUUUUCAUUCGCAAUUCUCCGUGUCCGUGUAGAGGACUGAUUAUAAGAUAGUGCCCGUGGUACAGUUGGCCGCGCAUGCUAAAAGUAGCACCUUGUACGGUUGGUCGUACGGUCGUAAGUCCAAAUUUUUCGGUUUGAUGGGUUACUACUAUUUUGUAUAAUUAUGGCGCUACGCUCUGCGAGCUACGCUAUUACGCGCUUCUGAUUAGAUGAAACCGAGUGCAUUAUUCGUGUAACACGUGCGCAAAGUUGUAACACGAGUGUAAAUUGUAAAUAGCGCUCGUGCUGUCAAAAUUUCGUCUGUUCUGACUUUCUGUGAUGUUUUUUUCGAGUAAAUUAUGAAUAAGUAAUGAUAUGAUUUCUCGUGUAGUUUACACUUACAAAUUACACUCAUCCUACGGGCUCAUUAAAUUUUCGCUGUCUUUGAAAAAAUUACUCGUGUUUACUAACACCGAAUUGCACUCAAAAUCACGCUAUUACUUAUACUAAGUGGAAAAUGGAUGCGAAAGGUGAUAGCGGAUUUCCAUGAACGUUUUUCUCUUUUUUUUUCGCAGAUGAUACAAAAUUUGCCAAAGAUGUAUCAGAACUCCUUAGAGACGUGUUCACUUCAUCGUGAUGCACAAGUGCAAUCAAAUAAUUGCAAGUUGAGUUAGUAAAAGUUAAUUUGAGUGUGGAUAAAAUUGAAGUAGACAAUUCUAAUUUUUAGAGAAUGCUGUAAUCGUAGAAUUGAAGUAAUUAAACUUGUUUACACUGAAACUUAAAAACAGUAGUGCAAAAACUGUACUUUAUAAGUCUUUUGUCGUAUUUAUUCGGUGGGUUUUUUCCUUAUUUAUAUGUGUGCUUGC